AUGACCAUAGAAUCUAAUAAAAUGAAAGAUAUUUUGUUGCUUCAAAUGACUUCAAAGUAUGAAGACCCACGCCUAUGGAUAGACAACUACCUAGCAAACCCAUCAGUUUCUGAAAAUGAAGUUAAUCACCUGAGAUCUGUUAUGCAAAGGGAUCAAGCACUCAAGAAGGCAGAUAACGAGAGAAUCUAUGACUUAGUUGGAUCAUUUCCUUCUAAACUACAACCUGAAAUUCUACUCAGUAAUAUGAACCAAUUGCGUAAUAAAAUUCCAGCAGUUCCUGGUAGUGGCUUUGUUUCAACUCACACGACAAUUAUUCAAUCUAAUGAUAUAAACCCAGUUGAAGAUGAGGAUUACAUGUCACAUUUAGAAUAUGUUCACAAACGCAGAUCAUAUGCAACAUUACAGUUACGUAGAUUUACAUCCAAAUUCUCAAAGUUAUGUCCAAUAUGUUUACAUCAAUUUAAUUCAUUAACAGAGACGUAUCGAUGUAUUAAGUGUAUUCGUAAUGUUUGUCAAAAUUGUGCAUGCAAAAUAUCAUUGUCAAAUUCGAAUAUUUUAUGUAAAGAGUGUUGGGAAAUUGCGAAAUGUAUCUGUAAAACAGGUGAUUGGUUUAAUCAUUAUACUGAAACAAAAGAAACCAGUCCGUUGAAAAUUGAUUUAAGAUUUGAACCACUUCAAAAUAAUCUACGUAAGACAAAAAGUGAAGUGAUUUCAAAACUGAAUAAUUCAUCAAAAAAUAUUGCUAACUCACUUUCUAAACCAAGUGAUGAGAAUGAGAAGAGCUCAUUGAAUCAAAUGUUAAUAGAAGAAACUCAUCCAGUUAAAAGUAAAGAAAAAUCGAGAUCUAAGUCACCAUAA